AUGGCACGCCCUUCAGUGCAGGCGUUGCCUCCCACGAUUUCGCGGAUAUGUCGCCAAUGUCGGACUCAGAAGAUUCUGGCGCGAGCUCACCCUCAAUGGCUCCAACCGACGAUACAGCGUCAAACGUUCAUCACGACGAAAAAGCUGUCUGUUGAGACUCAGAUCCGUGCCGCGCCGGAGAUAGACCUCGAUGAGUCUCAAUCAAUACCGGCUCGGAUCCUCCCACGCUCGCCCUCCUAUUUCACAGCAUCUCCGGUUUUCAACGAUCACCUUUUGAUGCUACAAUCUCUUGUCAAGAAGCAUGCAUCGCUACCUACUGCUCCUCCGGAUCAGAUACCCCGUCCUGUGUGGUUGAGGUUGAACCAAUAUCGAAGCUCGACUGGAGAGCAAGUGGCUGCCUCGAAGUACUCCAAGGUGCUGCUUCUCUUAACGCGGCUGAACAAGAUACACCCCAGAAUCUGCCCCAAAGAAGUCAAGCAAAUACUUUCUCGCUUCAGGCGGCCCGGAUCAGAAGCGAUACAGAAAGCCAAGCCUGGAACAAUCGAUGAAUAUGGAAGGUCGACGGGUAUAGGAAGGAGAAAGGAGUCUUCCGCAAAGGUCUAUCUAGUGGAGGGCACGGGAGAAGUGCUAGUCAAUGGAAACAGUAUCGUGCAGGCGUUCCCGCGGGUCCAUGAUAGGGAGAGCGCAUUAUGGGCGUUGAAGAUCACACAACGGAUGGACAAGUACAACGUCUUUGCGUUGGUAUCUGGUGGCGGAGUUACGGGCCAGGCCGAAUCCGUCACAUUGGCCCUUGCCAAGGCACUGCUGGUACACGAACCGGCUCUCAAACCGGCUCUACGACGAGCCGGCUGUGUUACUUCGGAUCCCAGACGUGUCGAGCGGAAGAAGCCUGGUCGCCUCAAGGCCCGAAAGAGACCUACGUGGGUCAAACGGUGA